UCCAAGGGUUCGUUCGAUUGAAUAGGAAGAAAGGAGACUGCUUGACUGCUAGCAGCUUAAGUUAUUUUGCUGCUAAAAAAAUAUUUUCUAAUUGUUGUAUCUCACAUUCAACAACUGUGGUUUUUCUAUAAAUGCUAUUUUAUAUUUAGAGCGCUCUCAAAUGUUUUGUGUAAAAAAUAACGUCAUAACAUAAAUGUAUUUGUCGCCGGCCGGAGUGCGGUCACUCCACACUCCAGUCGUAGCAUCAGUAAAUAAGUCAACCGUAACCGUCUCAACGGUUUGAGCAUUUGAAUUUGACUCGAUCGAAAUCGCUCAGCUUCCGAGUUUUUUAAAUCAGUAUAACUUCCUUUUAACUAAACUAACUGUGUAAACUAAAUUUUAUAUCAUGACUUCGUGGAGCCAAGUGAUUAUUGAGUGGGCCAAUUCUCUAGGGAUCAUUGAAUCGAGCGUUGAAAGUACACAAGAUUUGCAGGACGGUGUAUUUUACAAGACUCUCGUAUCCCAUUUGUGUGGAGGAACGAACGAUGAAAGUUUGAUUGAUGACACAAAAACACCUCAAACAGAUGACCAAAUCUUGAAAUUUAUCCGGUCGGAAUAUCCCAAGUUCGAGUGCACCGAUAGUCUCGAAUCAAGUCACAAGGAUUUGUACAUAGCAUCUCUACUACUUGCGCAAUGUGCCCAGCAGCCCAUGUUCCACCGACCUAUGUGCGUAGCUUUGAGACAAGAGACUCAAGUUCGAAUAAAACAAUUUUUGGAGGUUGUUUUACCGUACGGAAAAAAUUUGACAAAAGAAUCCAUCGAAGCUGCAUUAAAAGAGCUCGAAGAUGACGUAGUAUCAAACGAAACGCUCUCAACUCCAAAAGUUCGACCUCUUAGAGAAUUUUUUAAUUCACCGGCUGUUAAAUCUGCUCGAAGCCAGAGAUUCAUGAACGAAAGAAAUCGGGAACUCAUGUGUCUUCGGGCCCAAUUGGAAACUGAACAAUACGAGAAGGCAGAUCUCAUCGAAGAUAUCAGAAUUGAAAAGGAAAAAGUAGUCAAUUUACAAAAAAAACUCGAUGAAAAAACGCGAGAAUUACGGGAUUUGCGUAGCGAUCGAUUGAAACCGCCGACACCGCAAUCAUGUCGGAAGUCCAAAAAAAUGCUGGAUAACAACGAGGAGUUUUACCAGCGUCAAGCGGAAGAGCUUGAGACCAGAAAUUCAAAACUUGCAUUGGAAAUAGAGAAAUUAUGCGAAGAGAAAGAAGAGCUCUCAAGGCGAUUGACAUCGAGCGAAAAUUGUGCCGAGGCGAUAAAAGAAAAAUACGAAAAAACGCUGGAGAGCCUCGCCUAUGAAUUAGAUACGAGGAACAACGAUAUUGUGUGUUUACGUACGAAUAUCGAAGAAUUGCGCGAACAUAUUCGACAAACGAAGAGGCUAUCGCUCGGAGAUCAGAGCCUCAACAUGGAACCCAUGUGCAACGAAGCUCUCAGCUCAAUCGUCGAUCUUCAACUCCAAGAAGCUCGCCAGGAAUCGGCUCAGUUGAGAAAUGAAUUGCUCGAGGUUGGACUCAAGCUAGAAACCUCGCUGCGCGAGUGUGAAAAAUUGCGCAGGCUCGAGAUUCUAAUUAACGAAAAAACGACGGAACUGGAUUCUAUGCAGAAGACUCUUAACGAAAGAGAGGAGCAACUUUCGUCGAGCAACGCUAGAGUAACGCAUCUCGAACUCGAAGGCUCACAAUUGUUAGAAAAAUUCACGAAGCUUGAAAAAAAAUUGCAGGAAACAAAAGAAUUAACCACUCUCGAACAAGAACGAAAUAAUGAACUGGAAUCUGAUCUUGAGAUCGCGCGUUCGAGAGUCAACGAUUUAACAGCUUCUUUAGAAAGUGCAAAAUCCCAAACAGUCGAAUUGAAUUCAAUCGUUGAAGGCACUCGAAAAGAAUUGGUAAAUGUGCGAAGUUCUUUGUCGACGAAAGAAGAACAACUGUCGCUGGCAACGGAAGAAAAAAAUAAUUUAGAAUCGUUGUUGAAUGAGAAACGAAAGGAGCUUCGAGAAAUAAAUGUCUCCUUGGAAAAUGAGAAAGUCUCAGUAAAGAAAUUGGAAUCGGUUGUGGAUGCUUGCAACAAAGAAUCUCAAGAUUUACGAAAGGAUUUGAGUUGGAGCAACGAACGACUUUCGCUCGUUAACGAGGAGAGAAUGAUUUUGGAAUUGACUCUUCGGUCGACUGUAGACAAACUCGAGAUGACGGAAAGUUGUUUGCAAAAUGAAAGAACUCGGGUGACGGAGUUGGAAUCAACGUUGGUUAAAGCCAACAAAGACCUGGAAGAUAUGAAAAAUUUGCUUGAUUCGAAGGAGGAAAGUUUGAACCAGGAGGGAAGAAAAAUCACCGAAUUCGAAACGGUUGUCAAUCAAACCCGAAAAGAUAAUGAAGAAUUGCAAAGGAUGCUCGACGAAUUGAAAGUAGCUUUACAAACAGAGAGAGAUGGAUCUAACGCGUUGAAAGAGAUGAUUUCACGUUCGAAGAAAACCUCCGAAGAUCUCGAAUCUCUGUUGGCAUCGAAGGAAAUACUCUUGAGGGAAUCAGAAGAACGCGAAAGUUGUUUGAACAAGGAAUUAGAAUUUUAUAAAUCGAAAAACAACGAAUUGAAUGACUCGAUGCGUGUCGAGAUUGCGAAGUCUUCCGAACUCGAAGCAAAAAUUUUCCAAAGAAAUGAAAAAUAUUGCGAGCUUGAGGCAAACCUGGUUGCGGCCCAAAAUUUGCUUGAAGAAACGGAGGUGAUCAAGCGAGAAGUUGAGGCGCAACUGGACACGGCAAAUGUUAAAAUAACGGGAAUGGAGUCAGAAUUGAAAGACUUUAGAACAGAACUUCUAAGACUCGAAGAAGAAAAGAGGGAGAACAUUUCAGCGAAUACUGCGUUGAAGGAAUCCGCAAAAUUGGACGCAGAAAAAAUAAUCUCUUUGGAAACUAAGAUCUCGAACUACGAGGGAGUGAUUGAAGAUCUCAAUCGGUCGUUGACGGAAAAAACAGAAAAAGUUAAUGAACUCCAGAACGAACUGAACGAGAAGAGCACUUCGUUGGAUUCAUUGAGUCAGCAUCUAAACGAGUCAGCGAAACGUGAAAGUACCACCGUCGAUUUAUUAAGAGCGAGCGAACAAAAAGUUACCGAAUUAUACGAACUCAGUCAAGAUACGAAGAUUCAAAUGGCGACAGAACGUGAAAAAUCGAAGAAUUUAUACGAUGAGAUAAAAAAACUCGAAGAGAAAUGGUCUAUUUCCGUCCACACCAUCAACGAAUUAGAAAAUCGAUGCGAAGAGCUGAAGGGAGAAUUGAACGAGAGCCAAAAAAAAUUGUACAAAGAAACGACUUCGAAUGGAGAACUGAAAGAACGAGUGGACGAACUUUGUAGACUGAGGUGCGAGCUCGAAGAAGAGUUGUCAACGAAGAAAAACCAAAUCACAAGCGUUCAGGCUCAGUGGGACGAGUGUAAAAACGAACUGGCAUCGUCCAUCAACGAAAUUUCACUCCUGAAACGAAACAUCGAAAAGGCGACGGUAGAACUCGAAGAAGCUCGGGAAAGAUUCGAGAAAGAAUCCUUGAAAAACCAGGAAAUAACAGAAGAGUUAGAGCCUUCUCGUUCAAUGAAUGAAAAUCUCAAAGAAGAAUUGUCGUCAAAGAAAGAGAAACUCGCAAGCAUUCAGAGUCAGUGGGACGAAUGUAAAAACGAACUGGCAUCGUCCAUCAACGAAAUUUCACUCCUGAAACGAAACAUCGAAAAGGCGACGGAAGAACUCGAAGAAGCUCGGGAAAGAUUCGAGAAAGAAUCCUUGAAAAACGAGGCAAUAACAAAGGAGUUGGACGCUUCUCGUUCAAUUAAUGAAAAUCUCGAAGGUGAACUUUUGUCAACGAAAAACGAACUGACAACCGUCCGGAGUCAGUGGAGCGAAGGUCAAACAAAUUUGGCAUCGUCCAUUAACGAGAUUUCACUCAUGAAACAAGACAUAGAAAAGAUGAAAUACGUACUUGAGAAAUCCCAGGAAAAUUUCUCCAAAGAAUCGUUGAAAAACGGCGAAAUAAGCAAAGAGUUGGAGGACUCGCGUGCGUUGAACAAAGAUCUUGAAGAGAAAUGGACCGAUUGUAAAAUCCAGGUCGAAACUAUUGUGGCCGAGAAAAAUAAUCUCGAAGAAAAAUUGCAACUCGAACUGGCGAAGCAGCGAGGACAAUUGGAAGAUCUGGAAUCUGCAAAAACACUCUUGGAACAAGAAUUGUCAUCGUUUACUGCUUUGAAGUCCGAUAUGACCGAGGAAAUUAGGAGGCUGCGCGAAGUACUAGAAAGUUCACGCAACGAUCAACAAAAUAUGAAAGAAACGCACGACAAGGAGUGCAGUAAAUUCCAGCAACAAAUCGAAGAUUUCAAUGAGCAAUCGAAACGGCAAUUAGAAGAAAUAGAAUCUCUGCGAAAUCAAUUGGAAAGUAUAAAAUUCGAAAAAGUACGUUUGACCGAAAAAAUGGAAGAAACGAACAACACCGUCGCUGUUUUAGAGAAGCGUUUAGUCGUAGCGGAAAAUUUGCGAAUGGAGAUCGAACUUGAGGAUAAAUUGAAGAAAGAAGCGUUGAACGUUGUUCAAGCAAAACUGGAACAACUCGGCAAAGAAAAAAUCGAAACGGAGCUAAGAAUGAAGGAAGUUAUAGUUAAUCUUCAAGAAGUUCGAACGAGCCAGGAUCAAGUGAUGGAGGCUCAGAUACAAGCACUCGAAGAAAAAUCACGCCAGCACGUUAAUCUCGAAAAAGAAAUGGACGAGUUUAGAAUUGCAUUGAAAGAAAAAACAAGUAAACUUGAAGCUGCAGAAGCAAAGGUGGAGGACAUUUUAGCAGAAUUGAAGACUGCGAGAGAAGAGGGCAAAGAGAAAUCAGUGCUAGUAAAAAAACUGGAAAGUUUGUUAGAGGUAGAGCGUGAGCAAUUCGGUGAAACGACGCGAAACCUCGAAACUGUGAAUAAUAAUAUAGUUGAAAUUGAAAAAAUAUCACGAGUCUUGAAAGCGGAGCUCGAUUCUCUUUGGGACUCGGUGAGAAACACUUUACCCGAAUUGGCCCGUUCGAGAACUUCUCUCGAUAACAAUGAGAAUGCUAAAGACCUCCUAUCAGCAUUCGUCGAGGAUACAAAUGCCAUACAAAGAGUCGUGUCGAUACUCAGCGAAGCUAACGAGACUCUGAAAGAGCACGCGAGCUCGGAGAAGGAAUCUGCAAGAAUAUUAUGCGAUGAGGUGGAAAAACAAAAAUUCGAGCUCAACGAACUUUUGAAGGGUGUGGAAACCGAACUUGAGAAACGUGAUCAACGUGUGUCACUCUUGACCGAACGGGACAAGAAUUUACAAGAAUUAUUAAUGAAGGUUGCCUCCGAGAGAGAUGAAGUCGAAAAAGAACUAGUGCACUUGAUUAAUAGAUGGAAACUGCUGACUAUUGAAGCUGAAAAUUUUAUAACCACCGGCAAUUUAAACUGCGAAGAACUGAAAAAUUUGAUAAAUCAACGCAAUGAAAUCGAGAGUUCUCUCUUUGGUUUUAAUGAGCGUCACACGUGUAAUUCAAAGAGCUUGUUCGAAUCUCUUCAUCGAAUAUUUUGUUCGUCGGAGACUGAGCUAGAAAGUUCUCGUGAAACGAUUCUGUCCGAAGAGAUGCAACGGGGUGAGCUCAUGAAGCAGGGGCUGACGGUUCUAGUCGAAAAAAUGGAUGAAUUCUCGGAGAAUCUUAAGACGUACGAUACGAAAUUGAAAUCAGGAUUGCUAAACGAGGCCUCAGAAAACGAGAAAAAACUUCGGGCGGAAUUGGAAAAGAUAUCGAAAGAGAAAAAAGAUAUAAAAGAUAAAUUCGAUGCUGCGAGGGCACGUAAUGCGAAGAUGGAGAAAAAUAUGGAGGAUUUGAGAAACGACAGUAAAAAAGUUAAGUCCGAGUUAAUCGGUGAACUCGAGAAACUGCGUGCGUUGAUCGAUAAAUUAGAAGAAGAAAAAGUUGAGUUGGCCAAAAGAGUCAACGAGAAAGCAGACGUUGAAACACUCCACAACGAAUAUGGGCAAAAACUCGAGAAAAUCAAGCAGAAAAUGAAAACGGCAUACAACGAGCAAAUUGCAAAAUUAAACCAAGAGCAAGAAAAAAUUUUGAAUGAAAAAAUAGAAUCGUUGAAAAUUCAGACGGAACAGCAGUGUCGGAAAUACGCCGAAGAUAUAGCUAAAUACAAGGCUCACAUAAGUGAUCUAAGCUCUCGUUACUGGGAAGUAGGUGAAAAAUUGCUCGCCGAGACACAGGAAAAACAAGUAGCACUUCAACAAGUGCAACGUUUGAGAGAACUAAAACACAAUCAGGAAAUAACCGCUGAAUACAAAGAACAAGUUGUCCAUAAUCGUCAAAAGACUGCGAGUUUGGACAGACGAGAAUUUACGAUUGAUCGAUUACCCAAAGACUCUUCGAGUCGAGUUGGCUAUGGGGCUGUCGAAGUCAUCGAAGAGGAAACUACAACGUUCUCAACACACAGGAGACACAGCGUUAAAAGUAUUCAGGCAAUGGGGAAUGCUUUCAGAGCCGAAGACGAAGAAGGCGAAGUUUUUGACAGCGUUUACUUGGCGGACUUGAAGGAAGGUCGUUGUGCACCAAAAGGCCCGGACUUUGAUCGUUUGUCAGAACUUCGUAUGAGAAACUCGAUGUGCAGGCCUCAUUUAAAAUCAUCGUACGCGGUCGAAACGAAUUUACAACCAAUUGCGCUGCUCGAAGAUGAUAUUAAGAAUGGUGUAGCGGGCGAUGACGUGUUCAAUGAUAGUCUCAGUCAGAGUCUUCUACCGGGACAAAAACCAAAAAAGAAAGACCGGACUCAGACUUCAUACAAGAGACCUGGUCCUCCAACGCCAAGCAAGAACGGUGGUAGACUAUCGUUGCAGGGGAACGAGCUCAAAAGUCCAAACAGCAGGAUAUUAAAGGAACGUAAUGUUGAAAGGCGAACGACAGCUACUCCGAGAGGACUGAAAAAUCUCUUUGGCACAUCUAUGUCUAAGAGACAGGAUGAGAAUACGGUUGGCACGCCGAAAGGCAGACGGUUGAGCAACAUUUUCAGAAAACAGCGUACUGAGCGUAAUUAAAUUGUUCAUAUAUGAAAGAAAGAACUCGUCCACAAGGGACUGAAAAUACAACGGAGCGAAAUUGAACAAAGUAAAAAAUAAAAAAUGUACUAUUUUCAACAUUCCUAGUAUAUUUGGCAAAAAUUUUAUUAAUAUUAUUAUUAUAAAACCAUUAAAUACUAUAGUAAUAACAAACGAUAAUACUUUGUUUUUCUGUCAUCUAGUAUUAUCAAAAUACCGAAACGAAUUUUUCCAUUUUCCAUGGUGGGACGUAGUGGGCUUGAGGAAUUAUAAUAAUAUAUAAUCUUCUCGUUAAAUAGAGAACGUAACAUAACAUCGCCGUACUUGAUAAUCUUCAGUCCCUCAGAAAAUCGCGUUAUCGCCAACUCUUAAAUGCACAUUUGGCCGUAGUAGCGAGAUUGAUUGCACGAGUCUGACAUGAAAACGAAUAUUCUUUUCACUCACUCAGAAUCGGAUUCCUGCAACAAUAUAGAGAAAAAUGUUUGUUAUUUAAUUAAAAUUCAAACGUGGUCAAUCAACAUUCUUCAAGACUCUUCGAGACCAUGAAUCUUUCCUCACUUUUUAUGAGAAAAUUAAAUUCAUAAAAUAGAAUCUGAAUAUAUUAACAAAUUAAACCUCGUAUAAAAACUAAACACGAUAAUUAAUAACUCAUCAAAAUUUCACUCUUCUUUAAUAAUACAUUUGGGAAAUUGGAUGUCGAAUAAAGUGAUUCAUCAAAUUAGGCAAUGAUUCGAAAUGGAAGAUAAUGUAUUCAUACUGUUCAAACUCACCAUAUACUGUCCUUCGAUGUAACGCCCAGAGUUUCUUGCUGUUCUCCUUAAUUCUCUUGGUUCCUGCGAUUGAUCCUGACUCCUUCGUCUGAGAAAAGAGAGAUUCGUAAAAAAAUAAAUAGGCGUACGAGAUAAAUAAAUAGCUGCAUCGUAAACAGAGCCUGUUGGAUUAUUUUAUACUGCGGUUGUUUAAAGCUUUCAGUUUUUAUAAUGAAGAUUUUUUUCUUUUUAGAUGCGAGAUCAAUUUCACAAAGCUAUAGUAUAGAAAAGCUGCUCUAAUUCCUCGAUAUGUGCAAAAUCUGUACAAAACCAUAAUCGUACGAAUGAUGGAGUGUGCACGUGUUUGUUGGUGUUGGUUUAAUCGCAUAUCAGAAAUUUCGUCUUUCGUUGAUGAAAAAUGUGUCGAGUUUACACGAAUUAGAAAGGCAAUAUUUUCUUUCGUACGAUUCCUUUGCGUAAUUUACUAGUAUUCUCGAGGCGUGUUGGAAUUUUACAGAGCAAGAAUAUCUAGAGCCGACCUCAUCAAUAAAAAAGUACCAAAAAAAAAGAAUGUCAAAGAAUUACAAGUGCAUUCGGUCAAAGCCACAAAAUUGAGGAUAUUUCUCAAUGAAAACGAUCUAUAAUAUACGUUUCUAAAUUUGAUAGUUUUCCGAACAUUGUUUAUUAGCAAGCAGAGUUUUAACUACGACUGUAUUCAGAAUGUAACAUUUUUCAUUUCUCAUGACUGAAUUAUCGAGCUUGAAAGCUUUCAGAAAUACAAUAAAAAAAUGUUACAGUUUUA